GGAAAAACCUUCAGUAGGGCUGUUAACACUGAUGACAGAUCUUUUAUGCCAAGAUCGUCGCUAUUUGAACAGACCACACCAUGCGUGAGUACAAGCUAGUGGUCCUUGGUUCAGGAGGCGUGGGGAAGUCCGCUUUGACUGUGCAGUUCGUUCAGGGAAUUUUUGUUGAAAAAUAUGACCCAACAAUAGAAGAUUCAUACAGAAAGCAAGUGGAAGUAGACUGUCAACAGUGUAUGCUUGAAAUCCUCGAUACAGCAGGGACAGAGCAAUUUACAGCAAUGAGGGAUCUCUAUAUGAAGAAUGGUCAAGGGUUUGCACUAGUAUAUUCUAUAACAGCACAGUCCACGUUUAACGACUUACAGGACCUGCGGGAACAGAUUUUACGGGUUAAGGACACUGAAGAUGUUCCAAUGAUUCUGGUUGGCAAUAAAUGUGACCUGGAGGAAGAACGUGUAGUUGGCAAAGAACAGGGUCAAAACUUAGCAAGACAGUGGUGUAACUGUGCCUUUCUAGAAUCGUCUGCAAAGUCUAAAAUCAACGUUAAUGAGAUCUUUUAUGACCUGGUCAGACAGAUAAAUAGAAAAACACCAGUGGAAAAGAAGAAGCCUAAAAAGAAAACAUGUCUGCUGCUUUAGACUCCCAUCGUGCAGCAGCUCUGAGCCAGAUUGCAGGAAUGAAGAACUGUUGCCUACAUGGAAAGUGCCAGCAUUCCCGACUUCAAAACCUUAUGGAAAUUAAUAACAUAUCUGAAGAAGCUUCUCCUGUUUUUAUAUACUCUGAGAAGAAUUUAGAUCUUAAAAUGGUUUGCACACAGUCCCUGGAAAAAGAAAUUGCUCUGUGUAUAUCUCUUGGAAAUUUAAGACAAGAAUACUCCUCCUUUGCAAUAGCAGUUAACAGAUGUGAAAAUAAAUCUAAUUGACUCUAGCGUAUGAUUAUACAAAGGAGCAUGGAUGCAUUUCAAAUGUUAGAUAUUGCUACUAUAAUUAAAAUUUCAUAUUGACCCUUUUAUCAUAAUUUCUCCCCAUCAAGCACUAAGAAUAUUCCACCAUUAUAUUUUAUAUCUAUAACUAUAGAUAUAUAUUACCUGAAAUUUCCCUUGAACUCACUGCAACAAAUAACUUUUUUGAGUCAUUGACUUCAUUUUAUAUUUAAAAGUUACAGAAUAUCAUUAUUUUCAUUCUACCAUUGUAUUCUAAUUAAAAAUGUUUGUGCAUAAUGCUUUGGAAAAAUGGGUCUUUUAUAGGAAAAAAACUGGGAUAACUGAUUUCUAUGGCUUUAAAAGCAAAAAUAUAUAAUAUACUAAACCAACUCUAAUAUUGCUUCUUGUGUUUUACUGUCACAGAUUAAAUUACAGCUUUUAUGAAUGAUUAAAUUUUAGUACAUUUUCA